AUGUUAACUCACUUAAUAGCUAUUACAUGGUUUAUUUUAAUUAUAACGGUGUCAACUAGUUCCCAAUUGCUGGAGGGAUUGUAUUGUGGUAAAGCAAAUUGUUACGAUGUACUGGAAGUUACAAGAGAAUCAACAAAACAUGAAAUAUCGAAAAACUAUCGAAAACUUGCAAAACUAUAUCAUCCAGAUCUCCACAGAACUCCAGAGGCAAAAGAAAUAGCUGAGGAGCAAUUCAAGAAAAUAGCAAAUGCUUAUGAAAUAUUAAAAGAUGAAGAAGCUCGAUCUGACUAUGAUUAUAUGUUGGACAACCCUGAUGAAUAUUAUGCUCACUACUAUAGAUAUUACAGGAGGAGAGUAGCACCCAAGGUAGAUGUAAGAAUAGUUCUAAUUGUUACAAUAUCUAUCAUAUCAGCAAUACAAUACUUCAGUGGAUGGCAGAGAUAUGAUACUGCUAUUAAGUAUUUUAUGACCGUGCCAAAGUAUAGAAAUAAAGCUCUAGAAAUAGCAAAAGUAGAUGGUCUUUUAUCACCAGAAGAUAAGAGAGGUAGAAGACUAAAAAAAGAAACCAAAGAAGAAGUUGAUAAUAUUAUAAAGAAAGUAAUAGAAGAUAAAAUGGAUAUUAAAGGUGCUUAUGCAAAACCUACUAUUAUGGAUAUUUUAUGGAUACAGUUGGUUAUAUUUCCUUAUACUUUGGUGAUGUAUAUUUACUGGUAUUUGUCUUGGUUCUUGAGGCAUACUUUACUAAGGCAGCCCUAUAAUGAAGAAGAAAAAUUAUAUGUCAUAAGAAAAAACAUGAAAAUGAGUGUUCACCAGUUUAAUAGCCAAGAAGAUGAUAAGAUACAGGAAUUCUUGGAUGCAGAAUUGUGGAUAAGGGAAAACUUUGAUGAAUGGUAUAAACAGGAAAAAGAAAAGGCCAAGAAACAAUUAGCUGAAAAUACAAAAUAUAAGCAAUAUAGGAGACACAUUAAGAAUCAUGGUGUAGGAAGAAUGACUUUUGAUGAUUCAUAA